AGCUCAAGCAGAAUGUGGACCACGUAGGCGUUUGUAGGGUGUGGGACUAGUGUUUCGGCCUCUGUAUGGGACAAGGAAUUUGUAAAUGCGUUGAGGAUGAGAGCGGCACUUCAGCCAGCCUUGAUGUGACAUCGGUGCCGGUGCUGCAGGAGGUUAAAGGCGCCCAGGCAAAUUUUAUGGGCGGAAUUCUUGAAGGGCCAUGGUUACGGAAAGGAGACAAUGUGUUCCUCGGAACCAUCAAGGAGAAUAAGAUGACAUGGGUCCCGGGUUUCAAUCAUCCUCCUUGUGAUCUCACGGAGGCAGAUUCGUUGCGCGUCAGCAUUUUUCUGGAGGGCAAAAUGCAUAGCGGCGUAGUCUCAAAAAGUGGUGCUGAGACCACCAUUUGCUGGAGCGAUGGUGAGGUUUGGUACAAGAAAACGGACUAGGUCGUUAUCUGGUCCAUAGACAUAGUCUUCUGAGAAAGCAGAAUGCUUUUUCAACACCAAAAUCUCGACAUGUUUCACUUCAUCUAUCCAAAAAAGAUUUCCUGAAUGAAA